UUGAAUCCUGCGUUUCUUCUCCUUGCCUUCUUGCCCAUCUUCUUCCAAAGCAGACCGAAAAAUCCCCACCGUCAGUCACCGGCCUUCUUUCUCCCUAACUGCUUCAAAGCAAAAAAGUACAACUCAAUGGCAAAAUCCCAUUUCUCCUCCUCUGUCUUUAUGAGCCACGUGAUGACCGUCGACAACUAUCGAGGACCGCCGAGACCACCGCGAUAAUCCUUUCGACACCAAUUGAUAAUUACUGAUGUUCUGUUAUUCUUGAUUCUGAAAAUGGGUUUUACCCCAUUUCUUUAUAUUCAAUUUUGACUUCAUGUGAUUUUCUACUUCCUCAUCUGUCUGUGUCAAGUAGCGUAAUAGUUGUUUUCCUGCCCCAAUAUAGAUUAGAUUCUAAUAUUGUUCUAGCUUUUGGAAGUUGGGUUUGAGUCCAUUUCAAUCUUUAUACCCCAUUGAUAUAAAUAUUUGGUUCUAAUUUGCUGAGAGCAUAUUUGGAAAUUUUCUAUGUUCUUCAUUUCCCAGAAAGGGAGUAAAAUAUGGAAUAUGAUUUGGAACCUUUUAGUUGCUAAUGCUGAGGGAUUGUAGAAGACAAAAAGAACCAAAAUUUUUGUUUUUUUGGUUCUGAUUUGUUGAGAACGUGGUUGUGGCUUUCAUUUUUGGUAUGUUCUUCAUUUCUUAGAAAGUGGAGAAGAAAAAAGAAAAAGGACUGUAAUUUGGAACCAAAAAGAACCAGAAUUUUUAUAUACUGAAAUUGAUAUCCAAGUUUGAGAGCAUUAAAAACUUAUCUGCAGCACUAUAUAAUUGUUUGUGUUCAAGUAGCAUUUUUCCUGUUUGUUGUCAUGUGUUAGAGCUGGAAUGUCUCAUGUGAACUCCUUUUUGGAAUUAAAUUCAACUUG